ACCGGAGUACCACCAGAUGGCGGUUUAGGAUUGCUGCUCUUCUCUCAAGGCGCGGUUCCGCUCGCACGGCCAAUUUUCAAUAUUAAAAAACGCACCUUAUUAAAACAAAAAUUGCUUUAUUGUUCCGGUAGGAGAUAAUCGGCUCGGAGAUGGUCGUAAAAGGAGCUGGAGAGAGCUAAGUGCGGUCACUCCUGGAACUUGCCCAGACACUUCCCUCUGCCCCGUCCUGCACCUCCAGAAGUGGACUGAACAUAUACACAGUGAUAUUACAGUAUCAACAACAAACCAGGCAAAAUGAUCACCUCAGAACUACCAGUGUUACAGGACUCUUCUAAUGAGUCUGGAGCCACAGAUGCAGUGAGUCUGAGCAUGAGCAUGAGUGAAAUUGAAGACCCAGAGGUGAAAGGUCGAAAGAAGAGAGGACGACCUGGGAAACAAGCACAGGUGUCCAAUAAGAAGCCGAGGAGGUCUCCGACUGAUAAGACCAUGAGCAUGUCCAGGGGGCGGGGCAAAGCCAAUGGAGUUGCCCAACACAACGGGGACAACGCAGACCCAGUCACCCUCUUUGAGGUGGUCAAAGUGGGCAAGAGUGCCAUGCAGUGUGUGGUGGACGACUGGAUUGAGUCGUAUAAACAGGACAGAGACAUGGCUCUUCUCGACCUCAUCAACUUUUUCAUUCAGUGUUCAGGGUGCAAAGGUACCGUACGGAUCGAGAUGUUCAGAAAUAUGCAAAAUGCUGAGAUUAUUCGCAAGAUGACUGAGGAGUUCGAUGAGGACAGUGGUGAUUACCCCCUGACGAUGCCUGGUCCCAUGUGGAAGAAGUUUCGUUACAAUUUUUGUGAAUUUAUCGCGGUCCUGAUUCGUCAGUGUCAGUACAGCAUCAUCUAUGACGAGUACAUGAUGGACACAGUCAUCUCUCUGCUCACUGGACUCUCCGACUCCCAGGUCCGAGCAUUCAGACACACUUCCACGCUCGCAGCGAUGAAAUUGAUGACGGCGUUGGUGAAUGUGGCGCUGAACCUGAGCAUCCAUCAGGACAACACUCAGAGACAGUACGAGGCUGAGAGGAACAAGAUCGCAGGAAAACGAGCCAAUGAGAAGCUAGAGCUGCUGUUGCAAAAGAGGAAAGAGCUACAAGAAAAUCAAGAUGAAAUAGAAAACAUGAUGAACUCAAUUUUCAAGGGUAUCUUUGUGCACCGCUACAGGGAUGCCAUUGCAGAAAUCCGUGCCAUUUGUAUUGAAGAAAUAGGAGUUUGGAUGAAGAUGUACAGUGAUGCCUUUCUAAAUGACAGUUAUUUGAAAUAUGUGGGUUGGACACUACAUGAUAGGCAAGGAGAGGUGCGUCUGAAGUGCCUGAAGGCUUUGCAAAACCUUUAUACAAACAGAGAACUAUUCCCUAAACUUGAGCUUUUUACAAAUCGAUUCAAGGACCGUAUAGUAUCAAUGACUCUGGAUAAGGAGUAUGAUGUAGCUGUGGAGGCAAUCAGACUGGUCACUCUUAUCUUACAGGGCAGUGAAGAUGCCCUGUCAAAUGAGGACUGUGAAAAUGUGUACCACUUGGUUUACUCCGCACAUCGACCUGUGGCUGUGGCUGCUGGAGAGUUUCUGCACAGGAAAUUGUUCAGUCGCCAUGACCCUCAGGCUGAAGAGGCUCUGGCCAAACGCAGAGGGAGGAGCAGUCCCAAUGGAAACCUGAUCCGUAUGUUGGUGCUCUUCUUCCUGGAGAGUGAGCUCCAUGAACACGCAGCGUACCUUGUGGACUCGCUGUGGGAGAGUUCUCAAGAGCUGCUCAAAGACUGGGAGUGUAUGACUGAACUGCUGCUGGAGGAGCCUGUGCAGGGAGAGGAGGUGUUAUCAGACAGACAGGAGAGCGCUCUAAUCGAGCUCACAGUGUGCACCAUUCGCCAGGCUGCUGAGGCACACCCCCCUGUAGGCCGCGGGACUGGCAAACGGGUGUUGACGGCGAAGGAGAGGAAGACGCAGAUAGAUGAUAAAAACAAACUGACAGAGCACUUCAUCAUGGCGUUGCCAAUGCUUUUGUCCAAGUACCAGGCCGACUCAGAGAAAGUGGCCAACCUCCUUCAGAUCCCUCAGUUCUUUGACUUGGACGUGUACAGUGCAGGUCGGAUGGAGAAGCACCUGGACGCCCUGUUAAAACAGAUUCGUCUGGUUGUGGAGAAGCACAUAGAGACAGACGUGUUGGAGGCCUGCAGUAAAACCUACAGCAUCCUGUGCUCUGAGGAGUACACCAUCAUGAACCGCGUGGACAUCGCCCGCUCUCAACUCAUAGAUGAAAUGACUGACCGCUUUGCACAUUCAGUGGAGGAUCUGCUACAAGAGGAAACGGGGCAGUGUCAGUCUCACAAAGGGACACACAGCUCUGGUUUGAUGGACGCAGGUAUGAGGAUUAAACAGGGAGUCGCCUGCAGCACAUUCCUCCCUCUCUGCCCUCAGAAGUCCUCGGGGCCCGGACGAGAAACGCACAAACUUAAAGAUGGCUUUGUGACAGAUCGGAAGUCAAUGAUCACUCCUCUCCCUUUUGGCAGUUUUCCAUUUCUCAAUGAUAAUAAAGCAUGA